GCAAUGACAGCAUCAGCUCAUUUUCCAUUCAGCAGUGUUCACAGCAGCAAUUAUGUCAAAGACUACCGUCCCCAGUCGGAAUCUCAUCUCUUCUUUCUCAAGAAUUUUAAGGAACAAGAAAGCUCCAUUCUUGACCGCGCAAUGCCACAAACUCUCCACAAUCGUCUCCCCGACAGUACCACGCAGCCAGCAAUGUUUACGCUCCACGCCCAAACCCAACUCUCCUGUACGACAAUUCAGCUCUUCUACUCCUAGAACCUAUAAAACAGUGCAAGAACAGCGAUCACGGUACCGCUCUGGCCCCUUCUCCUGGAAAGCAAGCCUCCUGUUCCUCUCCUCUGGCGCCGCACUGAUAUUCUAUUUUCGAUAUGAGAAAGCGAGGAUGGAACGGAAGCGUGUCGCGGAAGCUGCGAAAGGCGUGGGCAGACCGAAGGUUGGAGGGCCUUUUAGCUUGCUGGAUCAGAAUGGGAAGGAGUUUACGGAUGGGGAUAUGAAGGGGAGAUAUUCUCUGGUAUAUUUCGGCUUCACCCACUGCCCCGACAUCUGCCCCGAGGAGCUCGACAAAAUGGCGCAAAUGAUCGACCUAGUCAACGCCUCACCCCUCCUCGCCUCCACCACCACUUCCUCUCUCCCACCCCUCCUCCCACUCUUCAUAACCUGCGACCCCGCCCGCGACACCCCCGGCGUCCUGCAAACCUACCUCUCCGAGUUUCACCCCGCGAUCAUUGGUCUCACAGGUACUUGGGAACAGAUUAAAGAUAUUUGUAAGAAAUAUAGAGUGUACUUUUCGACGCCGGAGGGAGUUAAGAAGGGCCAGGAUUAUUUGGUCGAUCACAGUAUUUAUUUUUAUUUGAUGGAUCCUGAGGGGGACUUUGUGGAGGCGAUUGGGAGGCAGCAUAGUCCUGAGGAUGCGGCGAAGAUUAUUUUGGCGCAUGUGGGGGAUUGGAAGAGGUAGAUGUGAAAGAGAAAAGCUUAGAAGGGGAAUAGAUGGCGAACGAGAGGGGUGGGAGACGUGUAGGAUACCGUAUAUUGUAUCUAUGGCCAUGAGCAAAUGAACAGAAUUCGCAGCUCCAGCCACGGGCAUUCGUCUGGGCC